AAGCUUUGGAUCAAUGCCGAGAAGCCCAGUGGUCUUCAUCGAUGAAGCGCUGCUGCCAGCAGCCAGGCAUACCACCAGCAGCGUGAAGCCAUGGCGACUGAAAGCAGUGGACGUGAAGGUACCCAAGAUGUCAGAAGCGCAAGGGCAGCGCGCCUUUUUCACUUCAACACGUGGAUCUAUGGCCAGGACUUUUACAGUGGCAUCGCAGCUGGGGGUGAAGUGGACCUAUUUGGAUGCAUCACAGCCAGAGUGCGACCACGUGUGCACUACCCGCAACUGCUGGUGCCAUGGCGUGAUCAAGGACGCCUACUUGCAGGACACGGACCCGCAGCCGGCACUUCCAGCGAUUGAGCCUGCAGCUCUUUGCGACCAGUCGGCCGAUGCCGACACGGCGGACGACCCGACGCCGGAGGCGGCCGAGGCCGAGGCCGAGGUGGAAGAGCUGCAAGAGCUGCCGCUGCCGAAGGCGAAUCGCCGCAAGAAGAAGAUCGCUACCAUGCCAGCAAGGGUGGGGCCAAAGGAAGAGAUGGCCAGCGCCCGGCUGGAGGGCAUCGGCCAGAUUGCGCGGGGUCGAGUAAUGUCCGAAGCUCGACUGCCAAAGCUACAAGUACCAGAGCCACUUCAGUCGGGCUCAGUGCUUACUGCAGCCGGGGUGCCAGAUCUACCGGUUGUGAUGCGCAAAAAGAAGAAGAUUGUAUCCAUGCCCGAACUGCGGCGAUUUCUUGUCCAGGGCUAGUCUUCCUUGGUAGUGAGGUGUCACCAUGCCAACCUCGAUGCCAUUUCCACAUUGCCCGCAGUUUCGAGGGAUCCUGUGGGAGGAGCCAGGGUCGACUUUGCGUAAGCUGAUCCCUGC